AUGAAGAUAUUGGGAACCUGUUAUCUUAUCGCCAGCCUCAUGUCAACCGCCGGCCAUGUUGCCGCAUUGGACAGCCAGGCACGCCUCACUCCAGACUGCGCACACCCGCCCUACACUGUCCAUAUCCUCUCUCGCGAACCGCUUGUGAUUUACAUUGCCGACUUCCUCACCCCUUUCGAGCGCGAGCAUCUCCUUCAGACGAGCUCCUCAGCCUUCAUCGACUCCCAAACAGCCGACCAGGACGGUACCCAAUCCCUUCGUAGCACUCGACGCUCCAAAUCUGCUACUGCUUCGCGCGACGAGGUAACACGAUGCAUUGAGGAGCGCGCUCUGCUCUUUCAGGGAUAUGACACACCUUAUUCACACCUUGAGCCGUUGCAAUUAGUGCGAUACCAUACCAACGAAACUUAUGAUCUUCACACGGACUGGUUCACAUCACCAGCCCAGACGACCCGCUCGCACGGCGGGAACCGUCUGACUUCGUUCUUCGCAUAUGUGAAAGCAAGUGCAGACAUCUCUGGGGGUGGUACGACAUUUCCACUUCUCGACGCUCCCAAGGACGAACGCUGGUGUGAAUAUAUUGAUUGUGAUAUGCCAUUUGAUGAAGGUGUGACAUUUCUUCCCAUUCCCGGAAAUGCGGUGUUUUGGGUGAAUCUGGUUGCUGGAAGAGGGGACCAGAGAGUUAUCCACUCGGGGAGCGUUGUGACUACGGGGGAGAAGGUUGGUUUGAAUAUUUGGACUAGGGAGGGGCCUUUGAGUCCCAAGUUUAGAGAAGAUAUCAGUGACGAGCUGGUUGAUGAAGACGAGGAGGAAGCGUAG